CGUUCUCGUGUUUCUGUCGCGCUCAAACCUCAAUCGCGUCGUCGUCCCGUUCCCGUCUCGCUCUUACACGCGCGCGCGCGCGCGCGUGCUUUUCCUCCCGGCUUCCUCUCUUUAUCGCACGCAGCCCCUCCUCCUCCCUCGCGACUAUCUUCCUGUCGUACCGCGCCAUCGGUUCCUCCGUCCCUUCCUGCCGCGCGCUCGUUCAACGUCUCUCCCUCUCUCUCUCUCUCCCUCCCGUGAAUCGACUAAGUGUAUCGUCGCACGAUUUUACGUGCUCCCGUGUGCAUUACGGACUGUUCCAGGCUCCAGGAUGCAAGCUAUCAAGUGCGUGGUCGUCGGCGACGGAGCUGUAGGUAAAACAUGUUUGCUGAUAAGCUACACUACCAAUGCAUUUCCUGGGGAGUACAUUCCAACGGUAUUCGACAAUUAUUCCGCGAAUGUAAUGGUCGACGGGAAGCCGAUUAAUCUCGGCUUGUGGGAUACAGCGGGACAGGAGGAUUACGACAGACUACGGCCAUUGUCUUAUCCACAAACUGACGUUUUUCUGAUCUGCUUCUCGUUGGUAAACCCGGCGAGUUUUGAAAAUGUACGUGCCAAGUGGUAUCCUGAAGUGCGUCACCAUUGUCCUGCCACUCCGAUUAUUUUGGUUGGCACUAAACUGGACCUGCGUGAAGACAAGGAGACUAUUGAGCGUUUAAAAGACAAGAAACUCGCUCCCAUUACUUAUCCUCAGGGUUUGGCGAUGGCGAAGGAGAUCGGUGCCGUCAAAUAUUUGGAAUGCUCAGCUUUGACACAGAAAGGCUUGAAAACUGUAUUCGAUGAGGCGAUACGUGCCGUACUGUGCCCUGUUCUGCAAGUGAAGCCAAAGCGCAGAUGUUUCCUUCUAUAAUAUUAAAUGUAACUUAUGCACGAUGGUACCAGGAUGUGUUAAAGUGCAUCGUCUCAUCUCCAGUGUACCAAGCUUGAAUCGAGUCCGACCGACAUCGGAACCCCAGUUGUACAGCCUACAUCAGCAUCAACAGGCUGCAAACAUCUGCCAGCAUAAGCGCACAAACAUCAGUUUGGUGUAUUUUUCAGCGAGCGAGACACAAGAGAGAGUUUGAGAAUUGCUAAUUCGUAAUACAAAUUUCCUCUUAUGCACCAGCCUUCCAGAGGAAACAGUUGAGGAGGUUUUGUGCUGUCUAUACAAACAAAGCUUCCAUUCUGGAUCACGUAAUAGGGCUAUAAAUUGCAACCUGACUGGAUGUUCUAAGCUAAAGGAGUGUAAAAGAAGCCAAAAUAACUGAACUAACGCUGUACAGUAUGUUAGAGAGAGUACGUUAUUAAUAUUAUAAUUAAUAAUUAUAUAUGUAUGGUAAAAAAAGAAGCAAAAAUAUUAUUAUAUAAUUGUAUAAGCGUCCAAACAUUGUAUACUGAUCAGUUUAAUCAAAGAGGAAAACCAUUUUAUGCUAUUUGCCAUUGUACAUUUUAGGUAGGACAUACGUAGUUAACGCAUUAAAAAAAGAAAAGAAACGAUAAUUUUCCUUAUUGCGAGAUUUCCACAUGCAUCAAGAUAUAAAGAGAGAAGAUAUUUUUUUGAGAUAUGCAUAGUACGUGGCAAAUCUGUUUGGACGAUAUUCAUCUAGAUGUUCAUUAAAUGUGAAUACGAAUAACUACGCGCGCGCACGUAUACAUGCAUACAUACAUAGAUCACACACAAACACUUUUUCAUGUACUUAGAACAAUCGUGUAUACUUUUCUUUUGGUUCAGGGUAUUAGAUAUUUGUUAACAGUUUUCACGUUAUAUUCUCACAAACAAGAUUUGUUGGACAUUAAAAUGUCGAUCUAAUGAUUUUGUGAUCAUUAACGUGUUAGCUUUAUUUGAAAAGAAUUGUACAUAAGAAAUUUCAUUGAAAAUGGCAAGGGGAGAGUGAGUGACAUUAGAUGAGCAUUCAAAUGCCACUCGAUAUGUAAUGUGCACGUCCGAUAUUUAAAUUCUGUUUGUAUGCUGUUUAGCAAUGGUAAUUUUAUUAUGAGCUCAUAUGUUUCUAAAAUGACAAGCAGUAUAGAUUACUGAUUCAAUUGAUAGUUGUAUUUUCCAAGUGGGAUCAGUAAACAGUAGCAACCGCGUAACAUGGCUUCCUUCUUCCACUAAAUUUGUUAAUACUAUCGUAUACAUACCGUAAUUUUAAGAUAGUUAACUGUACAAGUUUUAAUGUAUGNAUAUAUAUAUAUAUAUCACCUUAAAUGUCAAAUCAAGUUUAGUGAUUCCUCUGCUUCAUUGAGUUUUUCAUGUUAUCAAGAUCUUACAACACGAGACGUCUGUGAUUAGCACAAAACAUUAUCUUCUCUUGCUAAAAUUAUCGUGUCACAGGUCGGAAUCACCAAGUAUUGCCAUGUUUGAGAAAACUAGAUAUUGCUAUCGCGAAGCAGAGGACGAUACAAAUGCUUAUACGUAUGAAAGAAUCAGAAAGUAUCGUCAACGUGAUUGUGUGUGUGUGUAUGUGUGUGUGUGAGAAAUCAGAAAAGGUGAAUGAAUGAGUGAAUAAAUGGGAGAGCAUCAGAAGAACGAGUGUAUAAAUAAUGAGAGAGAAUAUUCUGUAGCGUAACAAAUGUACAUAAUUGCUGAACUUCAAAUGUAUUCCUACUUAUUACCACAUAUAGUACGCGUAGUGUGUGUAUGUGUGUGCACACACAUCUAUUAUAAGUGGUAAUACGAGUCAUGUACAUCCAUGCGUACACACACACACACACACACACACAGAUCGACUUUAAAUCGAAAACACGUUAUUUGUUUUUUUUUUAUAUAUAUAUUAUAAAUAUAUAUAAAUCGAGGCGCUGGACCAAGACCUAACUCAAUCGUCGCAGAUCCAUUAACCUGUGCAAUCUGUUUUCAGAGAAUGAAGAUUCGGUCCACAGAAAAAAAAUCACAAAAAUACUGUAACUAAAUAUGCUUUAUUAAAUGGGUGUUUAUUAAA